CAGCUUUUGAGGACCCUUUAGUACCAUCAUGGCGGCGCCCGAUGGCCCUCUGAAUUGUGAGGACUUUUUAAUGUUUCAGGAGGUGUUGAAGGCAAUGCGUACAUUUGACGACAGGAUCGUCCACGCUCUUAACACCACCGUCCCCACGGUGUCCUUCUCAGGCAAAGUGGACGCCACGCAGACCUGCAAAGAUCUCUACGAGUCUCUGAUGGAGGCCCAUAGGAGCAGAGACAAAGCAAUAAAGACAUGUAUUGUAUCAACCUCGGAAGCUGUCGGGCGGUUACGUGAAGCGAGGGCGAAGGACAGCGACAACCUGUCGAUUAUCAAACAGCUCAGGAAAGAACAAAACAAGUUAAAACUCAUGCAGUCUGAACUGAAUGUUGAAGAAGUCAUCAAUGAUCGGAGUCUGAAGGUUUUCAACGAGCGAUGUCGAAUCCACUACAUCCCCCCUAAGACAGAUUAAACCUCAGUGCCCUUUGGUGAGAUCUACACUAUACACCGAGGCUGCUGUGAAUCACAACUGGAGUGAACUGGGUUGCUGCUCUGUCAGAUUGUUGGUCUGAACUCCUGAGUUUCAUCAGUAAUGUCAGACUUCUGCUUUACACAAAAUGGAUUUUUAUAAACAAUAGUUUUUUUCCACUGUGACCAGUGUGUGUUCAGUUUGCUUCUCGUUUUUUAAUUUACAUUACGACCUGAAUGACAGGUGAGAUGUAUGUGGGAAUUGGUGGAAAUUAUAUGUGAAAAAUAUAAUUAUUCGUGUCUAAUUGAUGUUCUCUACAGAUAUACAGAAUGCAGUAAAUACUUGGCUUGAAGCACAGUCCAAUUUCCAGCAUAAAAAUGAAACACUUGAGGCCUAGCAAAAUAAUCAGUGAUGAUAUGAUAUGGUGUGGCGUUAGUUCUUACCCAUAAGUUGAUUAUGCUGUUUAUGAUUAUGAUGCUUUUUAUCCAUUUAUAGUUGUGUUUAAUGAAAUGAGGCUUCCUUCAAACAAGCUCCAUCCCUCCCUCACCAGCAUUUCCCAUAAAGAUUGCACGACAGAAACCUCAGAGACCACACCAGUAUAAACGCCUUUGUCCUGUCACUUUUACUCAAGACUCAUUCCAUUAAUGUUAAACACACUUUUCAAAAUAAAAUUGAGUGAACACAUCAUUCUGGUUUGAAUUGAACAAAUAUCCCAUCUUUAAUAAACAAAUCACCCAAAGAAUAAAUGUACAAACAAAUUCAUUAUUUUCAACAUAAUUUUAUAUUAAACACUGCAUUUUCCUGUUUGAA